AUGCCGCAGUACUCGGCUCACAAGCAAGCGCACGACCAAGAAAACCAGAAUCAGCGGGAGAAGCUUGAAGGAGAGCUUAAGAAGGAGAUUAAGAAGCUGCAGCGGUUGCGAGAGCAGAUAAAGGGAUGGAUCGCUGGAGCGGAUAUCAAGGACAAGCAGCCGUUGAUCGAUGCACGCAAGUCUAUAGAGCGCGAUAUGGAGCGUUUCAAGGCUUGCGAAAUGGAGGCCAAAGCGAAGGGCAGCGCAGCAGGGGGAGCCGACCGUGAUUCUACGCAGCGCGCAAAGGACGAGGCGCGGGACUGGAUUAAGACGGUCGUGGAUCAGCUUACUGAGAAGGUGGAGUCCAUGGAAGCGGAAAUGGAGGAGCUGCAGGUGACCGUUAAGAAGCGUCAGAAACCCCCCGUCCGGUUGACCUCCCUGGAGGAGACAGUGGGCCGCCACAAGGACCACAUCGACCGAUUGGAGAAGGUGCUGCGGUGUAUCGACAAUGAGACCAUCCAACCGGAUGAGCUGUCGGAUCUGAAGGAGGAGAUGGACCUCUACCUGCUCACAACGGAUGAUACGGUGUGGGGAGCAGGAGUCCGCUGCGGCCUGGGGAGGAGGGAAACGGGAGGGGAAGGGGGUUGGGUGGGUGCGGAGGCCACAGGGGACGAGGCCCCACUCACAACAUCCCAAACUGGAAUUUUGUGCGCACAGAACACCGAGGACGGCGAGGACAUGGGGAUGGACCUAUCCAACGUGGACGACAUGUACGGCAUGUUCCAGGACCGUUUGGAUGCAGUGGACAAUGCGGCCCCGGCGGCGCCCCUACACAGCGUCAAGCACGGCAAGGGCGGCAGGGAGAAGGAGGCGGAGGAGGCGAGGGAGAAGGAACGGGAACGGGAGCGGGCUGCGGCGGCAGCUGCUAAGGCGCAACUCAUAGCGCAGGCAGGUGGCCUCUUUUUUUUCCGCAUAUGGUAUGUACGCGUGGUGUGGUGGUGUGUACGACAGGGGAAUACGAAUUUAAAGCUUCACGACGAGGACGAAGUACGGAAGCCCCUCGCCAACGCCAGCAGCGUCGGAGCGGGGCCUGGCAAUGGCGUCAGCGUCAGCGGUGGCAGCGUCGGUGCCGCCGCCGGCGGCAAGCCCUCGACACCUGUGGCGGCGCCGCCAGCGACCACGACGGCAGCGGCGGGGCCUGGUCUUCCUCUUGCCGUACCGCCGCUGGCGGCGCCGCAGCCGUCAGUGGGGCCGUCGGGAUCAAGGCAGACGGCGCCGUCGACGCCAGCAAAGGAACCCGACUCUGGUACGGCCACGCCGCGAACAGCCACCAUGGCGCCAUCAACAGCAUCCCCGGGGUUGUCCUCUUCAGAAGCAGCCUCGCCGAUGCCGCCUGGCGGCGGCGCCGUCGGGACCCCCCACGCCGCUGGGCCCGUCUUGGGCCCUAUGUCCUUGGGCGCCCACGGGCAGCCGCCGCCGCCGCCGCCGCCGCCUCCCCCGCCUGGGAUGGCCCUGGCGGGAGGGGGGCCGGCGAGGACGCCGACGUCAGGGGGUCCGACGGCAAACGGCGGUGGCGGCGGCGCCGGUGGCAUGGAUGGCGGCGGCGGGGUGCCGCGUUGGCUGGCGGCGGCGGCGUCCGGGGGCCCUGCGGGGGGAUCCCAGGGCUCGGAGGCCCCGCACUCCAUCCGGGACUUGUCAUCUACGCAGAACGGAGCGGGGCCGGGGCCACGGCAGGGUCCAGCGUCUGCAUCAUCAGCGGCGGCGGCUGCGGCGACCGCCGGCGGUGGUGGCGGCGGCGGCGGCUUUGCCGCCACCGGGCCGGGGACCGCAGGAACGCCGUCGGGUACUGCUGACGGCGGCGGCGGCGGCGGGCCGUUGGCGUCGUCCGCCGCCGCGGCGGCGGCGGGUCGUCAGCCCACGGACCGAGGGCCCGCUGCCGGUCCCAGCGGGCCCAGUGGCAUGACGGACGCACUCACGGCGCGAAUGGCAGGCGUGGUACUGGGGGGAAGUGGAGCCGCCAACGCCAACGUCAACGCGUCGUCGGCCGGAGCCGGCCCUGGCUCACGAGCCAGCAGUGCCGGCGGGAUGGGCUUGUCGCCGCAGUCCGCGGCCGCUGCCGCCGCCGCCAGCAGCGCAGGCAGCGCCGGCGGCGGCGGCGGGUUGUUGCUUCCCGGGGAUCUUCCCCCGGUAGUUCCCGCGUAUUCGGUGUCCGCUGCGAAACAGAUCCUGGAGGCUUGUUACGCACGCGGGGUGAUACCACACCUAUCCGACACGGAAUGGAAACACACACGGCCACGGCACCCCGUUGCCGUACCCGCGUCGUACCCCAAGACGGCGCCCGAGGUGGUUGACAACCCGGCGCUCUUCAGGAAAAUGGACCCCGAGUGCCUGUUCUUCGCCUUCUACUUCCAGCCCAAUACAUACCAGCAGUUUCUGGCGGCACACGAGCUCAAGCGGCAGUCCUGGCGCUUCCACCGCCACCACAACGCCUGGUUCCAAAGAUUCACGGAGCCAGCCGUGACUUCGGAGGAGUACGAGCAGGGGGCCUACGUGUACUUUGACUACAAUAUUGUGCACGAUGACAUGCAGACCGGUUGGUGCUAUCGGCGCAAAGAGAACUUCACGUUUCGGUACGACGCUCUGGAGGACGAGUUGCGUGUUGCCAACCUGACGCCGCAGCAGACGGUUGCGAUGGCGAUGGCGCAGGUGCAGGGGCUGUGA